UCAAGACAGACCGCUUUGGAAAUGUGUGUUUUUGAGUCCUGAAGUCCCACUCAGGUCCACAGCUCUUGUGUGCUUGAGUAUUUUUUCCCCAGGUCUACACAUACUAGAACAGAAUCUGAACAACAGGCAUUGAAAUAAGCCUGAGUUUUAAAAUCAUGUUUGUUUCCUUGCUGUGGGAUUGGAAACAGGGAGUCACCCACCUGCAGCGGAGUCUCAUCUGGGGGGUUGUUCUCCUUCUUGUCACCAUGGUUCUUCUUUCCAUGAGGCAUUAUGACAUUCCAGUGGCAGUCAAUGACCGAAGAUCUGGAGAACAGAUGCUGGGUGAGUUGAAACUGCCCGAAACCAUGUUGGUGGAUGUAAUGGACCACAUCAGCAGGGAUGAAAACCUCAAGGUUCAUGCGUCACGUUCAACAGUUGGAAGAGGCCUGGUGCUUGGAGACCUUUUCAUUGCUAUAAAGACAACAAAGAAGUUCCACCAGUCCAGAAUGAGAUUACUGCUACUUACUUGGAUAUCCCGGGUCAAGGAACAGACAUAUGUCUUCACGGAUGAAGAAGAUGAUGAACUGCAAGGAGCACUGGGUGAUCAUGUGGUGUUCACCAACUGCUCUGCAGAACACAACCACCCAGCACUCUCUUGCAAAAUGGCAGCCGAGUUUGAUGCAUUUUUGGCUAGUGAACUGAGCUGGUUUUGCCAUCUUGACGAUGACAACUACUUGAAUCCACAAGCUCUGCUGAAACUAUUGUCCUCUUACUCUCCAGACCAAGAUGUAUAUAUUGGGAAACCCAGUUUGAACAGGCCAAUUCAUGCCUCAGAAACCUUGCCUAACAACCAGACAAAGUCAGUGUAUUUUUGGUUUGCCACUGGGGGAGCUGGAUUCUGCAUCAGUCAGAAGCUGGCCAACAAGAUGACCCCUUGGGCAAGUGGCAGCAACUUUCUGAGCACAUCAGAGCUCAUCCGCCUUCCAGACGACUGCACCGUGGGAUACAUUGUUGAAUGCAAGUUAGGAGGCCGCCUGAUUGCUAGCGACCUCUUCCAUUCUCACCUGGAGAACCUGCAGCUAAUGCAGACAGACCAACUAGCCAGUCAGGUCACGCUGAGCUUCGGCAUUUUUGAGAAGAAGCUCAAUGCUAUCAAACUAGCUGGCCCUUUCUCCCAGCAUGACGACCCUUCCAGGUUCCGAUCGCUUCACUGCAUCCUCUAUCCAGAUACUUCUUGGUGCCCUUAGCCAGUCACCCAGUGACACCAGGUCAGAAACCAUCGCCAUGACUUGAUGGAUAGCCAGAAGAACUCGGGGCUCUCCCAACUCUCUGUCCAACAGCGCUGAUCUCUAAUGAGAACUUUACUGAUGACUAGAAAAGGACUACAGCAAGAGAGGAGGAGCCAUGUUCAGUGUCAAGAGGAUGGAUAAAUUGUGUGUGGUACUCAAAUGCCACCUGUGGUCUUCCUUCCCAUAUCCACGCUGGGAGUUUGCAAGGAAUCUGGCCUGUUUCGGUGAGAGCUCUUCAGUACAGUUAAAAGGAAGUGGAAUGCAGGACUGAAUAGAGGAGUCAAAUUUGUGAGUGCUCUUCCAGGUAAAACUCUUUGCAUGAAGAGCACAUCAGAAAGAGGGCUGUAUUUGACUUUUCUUCCAAGUGGACCAGUUUUCUACACGUGGGGAUUUGCCACAUGGGAGCUCAUUAAAAAAACUGCGGCUCCUCACUUGCGGUCUGAAGGAGUACAGUUCAGGAUUCUGUCAUGUUAAUCGGCCACCUCAUUCUGUGUAAUCUGUGGAGUGGCUACUGUACCAUUUGUGGAUGGAGGGAAAACAGAUUAUCUGUUGCUGUGAUACAGAUAAAUAGAAGCAGAUGUGUUA